GCUUCGGGAUGCAGCGGAGGAGUCAGGAUUUGGUGCGGUUCAGUGUUCCACUGUUUUUUUUUCACCCUCAAAGAGAAGAGACCGACGUUUGAGCGGGUGGAGAUUGCUAUUCAUUUAAAUCCCCGGGGUCGGGUUUUAAGCUUUUACUAGCGAUUAACUUUUUUCUUGUAUUUCCUUUAUACCGUUGGAUUCUUAGUAGCCACUUUAAUGCCAUAAAUGACUCGUCUGUGAGGUCGUCCUUGUUGGGAAGUUUUCCGAGGGGGUUUCGACCAGCAAAAGGCCAUGGCAGCCGAGGCUCGGCUGGAGCUGGUCGGUAAGCGGUUCCUGUGUGUCAGCGGGGACGAGCCACCCGAAAUAGGCGAUAUUGGUCGGUUGCCAUGGAGGUCUGGGGUGAUACGAGCCGUCAGCAACCGUGACAGCGCCAAUUCCGAUCUGACGGUGUAUGUGGAAUUUGAUGACCAGGAGUGGGAGAAGAGAGAGUGGGUGAAGGUCUACGAGGAUUUCCAGCUGUUUCUCCUGGAGCGCCAGCUGGUCUGGGCAAAGAGAAAGGAGGGAGCAGCUGGAGGAGCAGGAACUGGAGGCCUACUGCAGGGAACCAAGGCCAAACACAUACAGUGGCCAGCACUGGUGUUUAAACCAUUGGUUGGGAAGAACCUGUUUUCUUCAGUAACAGCUGUGGAGUUCCUGUUGGACCGACAACUGGACUUUGUUUCAGACCAGUCAACCUGCCAACCUUACCAGGAUGAGGUGGACAAUCAGAACCCAGUGUUAAGAGACAACCCUCAACUCCAUGAAGAAGUGAAGAGCUGGCUUAAAAACCAGAAGGUGCAGGAAAUCUUUAUGCAAGGACCUUACUCACUGAAUGGCUACCGUGUACGUGUGUACAGACAAGACUCAGCCACCCAGUGGUUCACUGGAAUCAUUACACACCACGACCUCUUCAGUAGAAACAUGGUUGUUAUGAAUGACCAGGUUCUAGAGCCUCAGAAUGUGGACCCAUCUAUGGUGCAGAUGACCUUUCUGGAUGAUGUAGUCCACUCAUUGCUAAAAGGAGAAAACAUCGGCAUCACCUCUAGACGAAGGUCACGAUCUAGCCAGAACAACUCGGCCCAUAUGGCAGGAGGGAGACCCGUCGGGACCACUGGCAACUCUCAGAGUCAUUACACACGAGCCCAGGCCAACAGCCCCCGUCCCAUUAUGAUGUCAUCAGGACUCAAUCCUAAAAGCUCACAGGGACCUCAGGCCUCUCAGCAUCAAAUCCAACAGGCAGUUAGCCAAUCAAAUCCAACAGGCAGUUAGCCAGUCUUACCACUCACCAGGCGGUAAUGGCCGUGAACAAAGAGAGCAGCGCAACGCUCGCUCUUCCAGGAGGAAAGGAUCAGAUAGCAGUGUUCCAGAGGAGGACAAGGACAGGAAAGAAGAAACCACUGGGCGAGAAUCCAAGGCCAAGAUCAAGCAGACGGCAAGCAAACGCAGGAAAGGUGAGGAAGAUGAGAAGAAAGCUGGUCUGAAGAGGCCGAAGGCUGACAUGACGUCAGAUCUGUCAGAGAGCAGUGACUCAGAAAACCCCCACAAGAGGACCACCCACUCAUCAUGCUGCUCCUCCUCUUCAUCGUCCUCGUCAUCUUCUUCUUCGUCCUCUUCCUCCUCAGAGCCCAACUCUGAAAAUGAGCUAAAGACUCGCAGCAGUGAUGUAAUAAAAAGUGCCAUUUCCAGUAUGGAGGACGACGAGAAGCCAGUGUUCAAGGGACCCAAAAUGAACGAUACCUCAUCUCUCAUCAGGUGCAUAUCUCCAUGGGCGGAGCUUCAAGCACCAGAUGACAUUAAGAAAAGUGCAGUAAAGGAAUCAGGUCAAAUUCUAUCAAAUGAAGAGGAGGAGCUAGUGGCAGUGACUCAGAUCACUCAAUCUCCACUGCAGCAAACAUCUCUUAUAGCUGACAUGGCACAAAGUGGCCCCACGGAGAACAGCAAGAACACUGUAAAAGCAUCAUCUCCAUCCCAGACACCACCACUGUCUCAGCUCCAUGGCAGCAGCGUGAUAGACAUUACAGAUGAAGCUCAGGCCACUGUACACCAAGAGAGCUCAGAGGCAGUGUCAGCACUGCUUGCCUCCCAGAAAGACGAGUCAGUUGCCCACUCUCCGUACCUGCCCCUCAACCCUUCCCCUGUUUCCUCACCUCCGGUACCUACGUCCCCUUCCCCUUCAGAGGGAUGCCGCAGAACCGAGCUGGACUCGCUCUUGAAGCCGCCAGGAAUUUUAGGAAGCAGUGUUACUUCGCCCAAAAGUUUAAACAGCAAGACAGAGUUUGCACCAACUGAGGUCAUGAGGCCUGCCACAUCAACAGCUGAAAACUCACCCAUGGUGGACAAAGAGAAAACGGUUCUCUCUCAUCUCCAGCUUCACCAUCAACAGCAGCAGCAGCUGCAUGAGCAGCAACACAAACAACAGCUGCAGCAGUACACAUCUGUCCACCAUGGAGUUCCGCCAUGUUUAUCUGAGGAUUACAGAAAACCUCCACAGCAGCAAACGCCCCUUCACAAGAGCAGUGGCACCACCACCCCUGACUUGGCCAAAUCCAAAGUGAGCCCUAGCCCUACACCCACUACUGUUCAGCUCGACUCCCUGAAACAGAAGCCCCCCAACAGCUCUCACAACCAGCUGUAUUCUAACACAAACCCAGCUGACCUUCUGAAAGCCAAGCCCCAUCCUGGACUCCUGGACAUCUCCAAACCUAAAGCAAAUACGUCUCCUGAGGUCAACAAGCAUAAAAUCCUGAAGUACCCAGAUUCCUCCCCGUCUCCAAGUGCUCGCUUGCCCAUUAAAGUAGACUUAGCAGAACCUCCACGCUCUGGUUUCAAACCAGUGCCCUUGCGGGCAGAGGUGGGUGGAGUCAGUACAAGCAGCAGCACCAAGAGUCCGCUGAUCAUUGACAAGAACGAGACUUUCACAGUUUACAGGGACCCAGCGCUAGUUCGCUCUGACACAGACAGUUCUGUCACUCCAACUAAUUCCUCUAACCAUGUGACAGCCUAUCUCCAUCCCCACCUGCACACCUUGCACCCACCCUCCCCUCACUCCGCCUGUCUAACGUCCCCAUCCCAUCCCCAUGGUGCCUCUCACCUCCUCGCCCCUUCUCACUCCUCGCCUCUACCUCAUCCACACCUUUUGCCCCAUGGAAUGCUCUCAGCUAUGCAUCCCCCUCCAGGGUCUCUCUUUGGAGGGCACCCUCGGCUGGACUCCUCGGGCAGUCUGAGUCACCUUGCCCUCCCUCACCCAGCUACCACACAUCAGCAGCAGUUCCUACAGGGCCAUGGUGGGACAGCAGGUCUUGGUUUAUACCCUAUCAUAUGGCCUUACAAUGGGACACCACCCCCAUACCCCCCAGGACUCAACCUACCACCAACUGCUAAAUGGGUCCACUCUGAGAGUCCCAUCACUGUGAAUUCUGAGGCAUCUCUAAGGAGGAACACUGCUAGUCCAUGGCUGCAUCAGGCUCCUGGUAGUUCCAGUGAUGGUCUCGGUUUAUUGAACCACAUUCCAGUCAGGCCAGCCAGCGCUGAUGCUCAUCGCCCCUCUGCUAAGAUCAGUGCACACACAAACCCAUCAAUGUCAAAGGCGGCAAUGGAUGUUCAUAAAGAAGAUGUGGAGAAAAAGGGCUUUGUGGAUCCCAUGAGGAGUUUGACUUUGGCUCAAAUUAAACAGGAUCAGACAGACAGAAGUCAUACCCCAACAGGAAAAGAUGUCCACCUGCAUCGCCUUUACCUGGAUCCACACAGCAAAGCCCAUAUGACAAAUCCACAGGAAGUACUUCAUGCAGCAGACCGAACCAUUAAAUACAAAGAGGAGAAUCGUCAAAUCCUGAAAGAGAGCAUAGAGGUCGCACCUUUCACUGCUAAGAUACAGCGCCCCACUGAUCCCGGGCUGGACAGGGACAGAGAGCGGAACAAAGAUCCAGCAUUCUCUGUCCGGAUACCAGGUCUUGCUUCCUCAAGUCCAAAGACCAGCCACACACACCCCCAUGUCAUCCAGCCAGAAAAAAGCAGCUACUUCACCACAAUUUCCAACAGCGUUGUGAAUGAACCUCCUCGACUCUACCCCACCAAGGAACACAUUUCUUAUUAUGACAAAGUAUCACAUGGUGCUCCACUUGUGGGUGUCAGUGUUGGGGCAGCUGUGCAAAGCCAGGGAACUCAGAGUUUGGGCAGUUACAGCUCGAAAGCUUCUCUCUCUAAGCCCCCUCCUCUCAUUAAGCACCAACCAGAGGGAGGAGAAGGUUUAGCAGGAAAAAUUACUGAGCAGCUCAGCCAGCAGGCUACUCUUAUUCAUAAUCAACAUCUCACAAGCAUGGACAGAAAGGAUCGUCACAGCCCCGCCACCUCAAACCCCUCCUCCACAUCAUCUUCCUUAUCCUCAGUCUCCAACCAUCAUCAGCAGCACCAGCUCAGGGCAAUGCCAUCCCUGUACCGCGCUCCUGUCUACCAUCCGCCCACGCAGCUUUCCUUAGAACAUAAAGAGAAUGCAGAACGAGAAAAGGACAGGGAGAAAGGCGCCUAUGGUGGACGUCUGUCACCCCCAACCCUCACACCCAUUCAGCCGGUCAGUUUAGCAACAGCUGGCACCAAAACAUCCGUGGAGCAGCAGAAGCCCCCGACCCUAGUGCCAGAACUCAGGGAUGUUAAACUCCAUGGAGUCACUGCUGCUGUAUCCUCAGUAGUCUCUACCAUCAGCGAGGAUGUUAUGACAGAUGGGUGGCGAGGGAGAGAAAGGAUUCAAGAGAGAGGAAGUCUAUUCUGUAGAGAAAAAGAGGUGUUGAGGGGUAAGCCACAGGCAGCGAUGGCGUCAGUCAUUGUACGUCCAACCACAUCCGUUAAGUAUGAAAGUCCUGUUGGUGCUAACAAAUCUGGUGCUACACUGCAUAAGGAGGUUUCUCUGUCGUACCCUUUGAAGCUUCCAGGAGAAUGUCCACGUCUGAGAGAGACUGCUCAAGAACCUGGAGGUGGGAGAGUUAUUCAGCCCAACUCCAACAUGGUGGACAUUUCUGUUCAGUAUAAAGUGCCCUCCAUUCAAAGCUCUCAGGGACCUGUAGGUGUCAGCACUACAAACUCUCUGUGUAGGUCCCCUGUUGUAUUCCCAUCAGCUGCUGAUGUGCAGAAUAAAAACCCACAGUCAGGAUAUUCAGCUUGGGAUGAGUUUGGAGCCCUUAAAACUGUCAGUGGAGGCUGGCUGCCCGGCCUCUCGGGAACUGAGAGAACCAGCCGUGAAGGUAUUGAUUCAUGUUCCACAUCACCAGGGCUGCCUUUACCUCUGAUUAAUUCAACAGGAACAACCCUACUUGGUCAAAGCAUCACCCUUACUUCUGGUUCCAUUUCUGUCUCUAAUCAGCCUAAUUCUCCCUCUUUUGUACAUCUCAAAAAGCACAAGGCUGCCUUAGCUGCAGCCCAGUCCAAGGCCAACCUCCCCGCUGCUCCUGUAUCAGUACUAACUGGAAACUCUUCCUCAGCUUUGGAUCCAGUUGAAAAAACUCCCAAUCACAGCUUUACCCCGCCACCCUGUUCUAGCUCUGCCUCCUCAGGUGAUAUUAGUAACACUGGCUCGGCUUCUGGGAGCACAGCACCAGGCAAGUCCAGUCCGAUACUUAAUGGCCAGUCAUCUGGAGCGACCUCACUUAGCUCAGCACAGCCCAGUAACUACCACAAGCUAAAGAAAGCCUGGUUAACUCGGCACUCUGAGGAGGACAAGACUGCUACAACAGCCUCCUCUAGCACUAAAGCAGAGAAGCUGCUCACCACCACGACCAGCACAUGCAACACUACAGCCAUGUCAGAUAUGAUCAAACCCUGUACGGUCAAUCUCAUAGCCUCCACGUCCACUGAGGUUGACAUGAACAAGGACAACGGAGGCAGAGGUGAGCGAGAACGAAACCUGGAGGGGAAGAACUCUGGAUCAGCAACAGCGGGCGGAGGUGGAGAGGAAAGGAAAUCAGCUCAUUUUUCAAGGCGGGGGUACAAGCGGCCAUACGACUCAGGCUCAGAAAGUGGCGGGGACGAUUCUGAUGCUAGUGAAAGCAAGAUGGAGGGCAGAGCAAAGCGCCAGUCUAAACCAACCUACAAGAAAAAACAGAAUGACAUGGCCAAAAAGAAAGGAGACCAUGAGAAGGAGGAAGAGGAUUUGAAGCCCAAUGGUAUCUUUAGAUCAGCGCGCGAGAAGACGAAACUUAAACUUGCAAGCAGCAAUGGCAUCCCUCGUUCCGUGCUGAAAGACUGGAGGAAAGUGAAAAAGCUCAAACAGACAGGGGAGUCCUUCCUGCAGGAUGACUCAUGUUCAGAAAUUGGACCUAACCUUCAGAAGUGUCGGGAAUGCCGAGUUAUCCGUAGUAAAAAAGGAGAGGAGCCAGCACACUCCCCUGUCUUCUGUCGGUUCUACUAUUUCAGACGACUAUCCUACAGCAAAAACGGAGUCAUUCGAAUGGAUGGAUUCUCUACCCCGGACCAGUUUGAUGACGAGGCCUUGGCAUUGUGGGUCCCUGGGCCUAUGGAGGAGAGCCACUUGGAUCAAACCACUGCCAAGUAUAUCCUCAGUUACAUAGGGGAUAAGUUCUGUCAGAUGGUUGUGACUGAAAAUACUGCAGCAAGCUGGAUCAAGAAGGAUGCCAAACCAGCAUGGAAACGGGCAGUGAGAGGGGUUAGGGAAAUGUGCGAUGCUUGUGAAGCAACGCUCUUUAACAUCCACUGGGUCUGCCAGAAAUGUGGCUUUGUGGUCUGCCUAGACUGUUACAAAGCCAAGGAGCGAAGGAGUUGCAAAGAUAAAGAGCUGUAUGGUUGGUUGAAGUGUGUUAAAGGCCAACCCCAUGACCAUAAGCAUCUCAUGCCAACACAGAUCAUCCCUGGCAAAGUGUUGACCGAGUUGGUGACAUCCAUGCACUCCCUGAGAGACAAAAGCAACAUAAUCUUUCAAUGUCAAUGCAGUAGCAAACAAAACGUUCUUACCAAGCUACCAGCAACCAACGGCGUCUCACAGGUUCUGCAAAAUGUGCUGAACCAUAGUAACAAGCUGUCGCUGGUCAAAGCUGAGCCAGGAUCCCAGCAGAACUCGGAGGAUGGAGGAGCCAAGGCAGAAACUAAUGGAGGGCAUGGUGGGGGAAGCAAUCCUGGGAGUGACAACGAGAGCACACCUGUCACUCCACCAGAGUCUCAGUCACCUCUUCACUUCUUGGCUGACCUUGCAGAGCAGAAAUCCAGGGAAGAAAAGAAAGAAAACAAGCAGGCUGUUCUGCCAGGCAAAGAAGAGAAGGAUGGGGAGGAAGUCCUGCAGCAGUGUAAAAACACAUCGCUGGUGGCUAGCAGUACAGAGCAGGGGUCCACACUCCGAGAUUUGCUCACCACAACAGCAGGAAAGCUUAAGCUUGGUUCCACUGAUGCAGGAAUUGCCUUUGCACCUGUUUAUUCCACUGCUGUGCAGACUGGAAAGGAUGGCAGAACUAUGCCAAACAUCCUUGAUGACAUCAUUGCUUCGGUGGUAGAGAAUAAAAUCCCUGCCACUCGCCAGAGCAUCACCACCAAGCUGUCAACAAAGCCAGAUCCGAUGGUACCCAGUAACAAUGGCAACCUCGCCCCUGUCGGUACGGAGGAUGUCAGAACACAAAGAAAGAAGUCAGCCGUUCUGCCUGCUGUGAUGCCUGAUGACUCAACAAAUCAGUAUCCAGAUAUUCCCCACUUUUGGUUGAACAACAGACGCCUAUUAUGGCUUAAAGAUCAUCGCAAUCAGAACAACUGGAAGUUGUUUAGAGAGUGCUGGAAACAAGGACAGCCUGUUUUGGUGUCUGGGAUCCAUAAGCGACUGAAUACCAAUCUGUGGAAGGCUGAUUCCUUUAAUCAGGAGUUUGCAGACCAUCAGGGAGACCUUCUCAACUGCAAAGACCAAGUGGUGUCCAACUCUGGAAUAAAGGAGUUCUGGGAUGGAUUUGAGGACAUUACCAAGCGACCAAAGUCCAAAGAUGGUGAGCCCAUGGUCUACAGACUUAAGGACUGGCCGUCUGGGGAGGAGUUCAUGGCUCUGAUGCCCUCAAGAUACGACGACUUAAUGAAGAACCUUCCAUUGCCAGAGUAUUCCGAUCCAGAAGGAAGCCUCAACCUAGCCUCACAUCUACCAUCUUUUUUUGUCAGGCCUGAUCUUGGACCAAGAUUAUGUUGUGCAUAUGGUGUAGCUGCAUCUCAGGAUCAGGACUUUGGGACUGCCAACCUCCAUGUUGAAGUUUCAGAUGUGGUAUCUGUCCUGGUUUAUGUUGGAGUAGCGAAAGGGAAUGGAGUCCUAUCUAAAACUGGAGUGUUAAAGCGUCUUGAGGAGGAAGAUUUAGAUGAGGGUGUUCGAAGGAGGCUGAAGGAUUCCAGUGAAACACCUGGAGCUCUAUGGCACAUCUACCUCAACAGAGACAUGGACAAAGUCCAAGAAUUUCUGCACAAGCUCUGUAAAGAGCAAGGCGUGAAUGUGUGUCUGGACCAAGACCCAAUAAGAGACCAGGGAUGGUACCUGAGCAGGAAGCAGCGCCAACGACUCUUGGAUGAACAUGGAGUUCAAGGCUGGACUGUUGUUCAGUUCCUGGGAGACUCUGUCCUUAUACCUGCAGGGGCCAUGCACCAGGUCCAGAAUCUUCACAGCUGUGUCCAAGUCAUCAAUGACUUUGUGUCUCCUGAGCACGUUGCCAGGUCCUUCCACCUGACACAGGAGCUGCGGGCCCAUAAAGAGGAGGUCAACUAUGAGGAUAAGCUGCAGGUAAAAAAUAUUUUGUACCACUGUGUGAAGGAGGUGGUGAGCUCACUGAAGAGGAACAGCUCAGACAAAGAUCUCAAGAAAGAGAAUUCAUGACACCUAAUUAACCUUGGCCAUGCUAUCCAAAAAGAGCUCCGACUUUCAUUGCCGUUUAUCCUCGCCCUCCUUAUCAGGUGCUGAAGGUGGUCUGCUCAGAACUGGUCACAUUAGCCAGGAGGCAUUGCAGUGUGAGACAGCCACGUGACACAAUGUAGUGGCCAACUAAAAACACAGCUGAGUCAACCUUCUCUUGAGCCGGAAGGAGACACAGGACCAGAGUGCCCGCUGGACUGAUGAGGACUGAAGCUUUGCUGCCAAUGUCACAGAGCGGGAAAAGCUGCAUGACACAAAGCACUGCUGGAGAAACACUGAACUCCUCUGUGUGAUCUCUGCUUUCUGCAUAGAUGCAGUCAGCUCAGUGAUGUAGACUGACCCUGAGGACCCAGUGAGGUAACUGCUGCUCUUUCAUCAAUGUGGACUCUUUAAGUGCCAGCACAGUAUAAUCUAUGGUAGCAGACCACAACAUGUGUGAGAAGGAAGAUUUUUGCUGAUCUCAGCAGCAUCACCAGCAGCAUCAGGAGCAAAACUGAAUAUCUCAGAUGUUUAAAAAAAAAAAAAAUCAAGGACAAAAAGGAGGCAAGAUAGUAACCAGGAAAUUAAGGAUGCUUCAGUCAGCAACCUCAGCUGCCUCUUUAUUUCAUGUUAUUUUCUCACUAAUUUUUCCCUGUCUUUUAUUUUCUAGAUCUUAUGUCUGUCUUCUGUGUCCUUUGGUCUUGAUUUUCUUUGUCAAACUGUGUAGUUUAAUUCCUUUGCAGAGACGUUCCAGCUCUAAUAAUGCAACGUUAUGAGGAGGAAAGAGUCAAUGUAAAUGUGAGCUAUGGAGUUCUUUUCUUUUACUCUGUGAUUUCAGUUUCUGUGAUCUCAACUGUGAUGGAGGACACACACGCACACACCGGCUAAUGCCUGUGACUUUGGGAAAUAUUCACACUCUCCAGUCCUCAUGCCAUAAAUCUAUUUUCUGAAAAUGAACUGCCAAACUAUUGUUCAAACUGUGUAAAGUUGUAUUAUGUAAAGAAAAAAAAAGACAGCAGUUUAUGAAAACAAACUAAUCGCUGUAAAAUUUUGACAUUUACAAAAAAAGAUGUAAUUUAUUUAAGAAAAGAAUUGUCUUGCUUUUGAUAAAAUUUACUAUUGUGAACUCUUGAGGUUUAAAGGUUGAAAUAACUAAGAAGUUAAUUAUAAAGUGUAAAUAUAUACAUAUAUACAUUAAGUGAAGUAUUUUUGUAAAACAUGGCUUGCUUCAAUUUUACAUUUUGAAGUGCAAAUGUUACAUGCUUUGUACAUUAAAGUUCAAAAAGGUUUUACAUUUUCCAUUAAAAUGGAUUUAUUAAA